GUUAUUUGGUUGUUGUAUCAUUGGAUCGCGCACUAGUGCUCUCGAUAGUUGCCCUCGAUCCUCAUGGGGGGCGUAUCGUGGGUGCCACCGCGAUGCACUAACGCGCACUAACACGCACUCGGCUCCUUCCUUGGCCUUAGUUCGAUAAUAUAAAUAAGUGGCAGUCUGCAGGAACUGAUAUCGUGUCUUCCACCCGAUUCCUUCACGCACACAGCUGAAGUAGCGAUGUCUCUCCCAGAUAUGUAUCGUGAAUAUCGCAGCCAGGCUGAUGGCUGGCAGAACUUGAAGCUUCAAUCAACGACUCUCUCGAAGCCCAAGGCUACCGAGGUGACCAUCAAAAUCCAUGCUGUAUCCCUGCAGUUUCGUGACCUGAUGGUCUCCAAAGGAAUCUACCCACAGCAAAAGUUUGACAUUGUUCCUUGCUCUGAUGGUGCAGGGGAAAUUGUUGCACUUGGGCAAGAUGUCAAGGGAUGGAAAGUUGGAGAUCGUGUCUGCCCUAACUUUGCAGUGGAUCACAUUCAUGGCGACGUCACUGAAGACAUCAAAUUAACUGGACUUGGUGGUCACAUCGAUGGCGUGCUUCGGGAGUACAUCAAUGUUCCAGUUCACUCAUUGGUCCGCAUCCCAGAGCAUCUUUCAUAUGAAGAAGGGUCGAGUCUUCCAUGCGCCGCCUUGACAGCUUACAACGCUUGUCUUGGACCCGUCCCGAUCAAAGGCGGAGACUACGUCCUCGUUCUUGGUACUGGUGGUGUAUCGAUCUUUGGCGCCCAAUUUGCCCUCGCUUCUGGUGCGACCGUCAUCGUCACAUCAUCUUCGGAUGAGAAAUUGCAAAUUGCAAAGAAUUUGGGUGUGCAGCACACCAUCAACUACAAGAAGAACGAUAAAUGGGACGAAGAAGUCUUAAAUAUUACCGGCGGUCAUGGGGUUGAUCACAUCAUCGAAGUCGGAGGGCCCAAUACUAUGCUGAAAUGCAUCAAUGCCGUACGCUAUGCCGGGUGGAUUCAUGUCAUCGGCUUCGUAUCUGGGGGCGAUAAUGGCAUUCCUGUGGCCCUUGCCAUCCUGAAAGCAAUCAACUUCCGCGGAAUUUUGAUUGGCUCUGUCAAACUGUUUGAGGACAUGAACCGACUCAUUACAGCGCGUACAAUCCGCCCAAUGAUAGACAAAGUCUUUCCCUUCGAGGAGGCUACUGAGGCCUAUGCAUACCUCGAGAGCCAGAAGCAUGUCGGAAAGGUAGUAAUCAAAUUGGUGUAAUGUGAAAUCAUGCGAGGAUCAAAGGUAGGGAUCGAGAACUCCAAUAUGUAUUAUAGCAUAUGUACAAUAUAUAUGUAGGAUAUGUAACAGUUCAAUAUGCGACUGUCCCUAGACUCA